AAUAAAAGAAAGGUCUAAGAACGUUUAGCAUUUGAUUUGAGCCCUCUUCCGGCGUCUCGCAUUCUUGCUCAAUCAUGGAUUUGGAGAUCGUCUUAAGUGAGCAAAGGUUGUGUUAGGUGCCAUGAUUGGAAUUUUAACGCGUUCGUCAUGCUGUUCUUUAACGAGCCCAGCUAGCCUAGCGUUAGCCUAGCCUUCGUCGAGGCUCCACUGUGACGUUAGCAUCGAGCUCAAGCUAAAGCGGGGCCGAUAAACGAUGGCGAUUGUGUCGGGCUCCUGCGCGCGGGUUAACGGCUCCCGGAGCGGGCCCUCGGCGGCGGCGGCGGCUACGGCGGGCCCAGUCCCGGUCCCGUCGCCGUCGUCCGGCCACUCGCAGCCCAUGAUAGCCGUGUGGGAAUGGCAGGACGACCUGGGCCACUGGCGGCCGUACAGCGGCCAGGUGAGCGCUUACAUCGAGCGCUGCCUGUCGCCGCGGGGCCACCGGGGUGGCGCACCCGGCGCCACCACCAUCUGCUUGGGCCAGUCGGACCCCGGCUUGUCGCCGUAUCUCAUCGACGUGGCCAGUCUGAAGCAGUUUCGACAGGACACAGGCAAAACCCGGUCAGUACGGCGCUCCCUGUUCGCCCAGUCGUCGGGCUUGGGCAGCGGCGUGUACUGGGAGUGGGCCAACGACGAGGGUGGCUGGACGCCCUACGAGACGCGCACUUCCAUCCUCCUGGAGCACAGCUACCAGGCCCGACAGGGCACGGCUGACUUGGGCCCGCAUGGCUACAACUACAUCGUGGACCUCACCUCCCUGGCCCAGGUCAACAAAUCGUCAGGCUUCAGGCGGCAGGUGCGGCGGCAGUGCAACCUUCCCUACCCGCUGGCCUCCUUCGGACCCCCGGCCAUCCCCUCCGGGCCCUCGGCGCUUCCUGCCGGCGUCCCCCCUUCCUCCUCCUCCUCUUCGUCAUCUUCCUCCUCCUCCUCCUCCUCCGGGGGCCCGCCCUGCUCCUGCCAGCAGUGUCUUAGCCACGGGGCCACAGGUCCCAUGCCCAGCCGGUCGCGCCACUCCUUUUCAUCGGGCAGCCUGAACCGGCCCAACCUGCAGGGGCCGGGCAGGGUGGCGGCGGCGGCGGCCCACCCGACCUCCGUCUACUCCCCGUACCCCCGCAGGCCCCUCUCUGUCGGGGGGAUGUCCUGGGGCACUCCCUGGCCUCCGCCGCCUUCUGCCAGCCAGCUCGCCGCACCCCUUCUGAGCGGCUCUUCGAGCGCCAACGGCCUAAGCGUUCCUUCCAUCCCCGUUCAGCUCAACGGCUCCACAAGCGUCAGCUCGGCCCUGGCAGGCAUGGCCUCCAUUUUGAUGUCAGCGGUGGGACUGGGCGUGCACUUCACCACCACCACCACCACCGCCCCCCUCCCGCAGCCUCCUCCUCCUCUUCCUCCGCCGCAUCAGCAAUUCUCGCUCCCGCUGCCGCCUCCCGUCCGCUACCCCCCCGCCGGCCGACCCAGCAGCAGCAGCAGCGGCGGUUCAGUUAAGAGGGCCAAGAGGCAGCACAGGAGAGCUUCUGUUCAGAGAGCCGAGGAGGUGAUCCGACGUUACAUGGAGGCGGUGCCCGGCGUCCCGGACGAGGACUGCAUCAUCUGCAUGGAUCAACUGUCCAAUCCCUCCGGCUACGAGGCGCAGCCGCCGGCUACGACGGAGGAGGCCGGCCAGGGCAUCUUGCCGGACGCCGUGGGGAAGUUUGUCAAGUGCGGGCACACCCUGCACAUGCUCUGCAUGCUGGCCAUGUACAACAACGGCACCAAGGACGGCAGCCUCCAGUGCCCCUCGUGUAAGACCAUCUACGGCGAAAAGACGGGCACGCAGCCAAAAGGCAAGAUGGAGAUUUACAGCAUCCCCCAAGCGCUGCCCGGACACCCGGACUGCGGCACCAUCCAAAUCAUCUACAGCAUCCCGCCAGGAAUACAGGGUCCCGAGCAUCCCAACCCGGGACAGCCCUUCACCUGCCGGGGAUUUCCUCGCUUCUGCUUCUUGCCCGACAGCGACAAAGGCAGGAAGGUUCUGGAGCUGCUGAAGGUUGCGUGGAUGCGCCGCCUCAUCUUCACGGUGGGCACGUCCAGCACCACCGGCGAGCCCGACACGGUGGUGUGGAAUGGCAUCCACCACAAGACGGAGAUGAUGUCCAACCUGUCGGGACACGGCUUCCCGGAUCCCAACUAUCUGGACAAUGUCCUGUUGGAGCUGGCCUCUCAGGGCGUGACCGAGGACUGCCUCAAAGCCCCCGGCCCCUCCAGCUAAGUGAACCGCAGCAGCCCCCCCCCCCCCUUUUCACAUCCUCCUAUUGGAAGGGAACCCAUUCAAGACCGGGCCGCGGUAUAAACACCACCAUACAGGCAGUGGAAUCGGGAAGAACCCGAUCAUUUUUCCACCUUCGGAACUCAUACGGGAGCCUAAUAGGCGCUGGAAAUGCAGCACGCUGCUGUGUGAACACGGUUGCUGUAAUAGCCCCUUUUCUGCUACGCUUCUGAUGCAGCUACAUUCCUACAAACCUUAUUCUGGGGAAAAGGAAAGCGUUGUGGUACAUUCUUCAUUUCUAGCUUCAACCACGUUUUCCGCUCGGUUGUCGUGACGGCAUCGAUAAUUCAAAACUCAAGUAGCACUUUAGUUGUGACGGUGCAGAAAUCUGCAAUUUAAAAAAAUGAAAACAAAACUAGGGGUCAGAAUUAUGCAAUUGAAAGCGUAGCAAAGUGAUGCUGCGUUGGGGUUAGGGGAGUCCAAAUUUGAACAAGCGGUGAGCCACAAGUCAGAAAAGACAUGUUCUUUAACACAUGCUUUGGUUAACAUUUGAAUCGGAUCCUGCACCCUUUUCGUUUGGACUCGUCUAUUUUGCUAAAUGGGCGUGGCGUACUUUCUCUUUUGGUUAGCGUCGUAGCCAAAUCCUGCACGGCUUGAUGCUCUACCCCGACUGCCAAUCUGAAGACAAAAGCCAAGAAAGUGCUCCAAUGGUGACAAUCACGGACGGACGGACGGCCUCACUUCCUGUACUCACAUGAAUGAUCCCGCCUCUCGCGGCACAAGUCACUGCAAUAAAUGAUUGAUGACAACAAA